AUGCAAGAAAAUAGAAAAUAAAUGCUAAAAUCUUAAGAUUCUGAUAGAAGUAUAAAGAAUGCAGCUGAUAAUAUUACUAAAAUAACGAACAAAAAAAUUCAACAGUUGGCCUUUUUAACAUAAUUUCCAUAAUAAAGAAAAUUUACAGUAGUUGAUAAAGUGAAUAAGCUGAUUGAUAAGACACAAAGUAAACUGAAGCAUCAAUAAAUACCAAAGGAUGUUCAAUUUUAUUAAAGAAAUAUAAAAAAGUUUGAGAAUUUGUCAUCAUUUAUUAAUUCAAAGGGAUUACUGUCAGCUAAUUUUAGUAUGCCUAAAUUAAGAGUAAAGGAGUAAGUAGAUGAUUAGGAACAGGAAUAUGUUGAUUAUUUGCUUGCAAAAAAUUAUAAGCUUUAAUAAGAAAGACAAAGAAGAAAAAGUAAAUAAGUGAAAGAGAACUAUGAAUAAUGUUGGGAGUUAGAUAACUCAGACUAUGAUUUUGAGUCUCCAAUAAACGUAGGUAAGGAGCUAAAAUUGGCCCAUUAAGAUCAAAUAAAAGGGGAAAUAGAAGCAAAAGCGAAACUGUGGGAAUUAUAACAAAUUAGGAAAUAUUAAAGAAAGCCAAACAACUUUGACUUUAAGAGUUCUUAAAGAUCUUCGUAACACAAAUUAUAGGAAGAAGAUGAAGUUGUAGUGGAUUAAGGGCAAUUAAAUGCUUAGCACUAUAAAGAGUAAUCAGAUAAGGUGAUUAAAAUGAUUUGGAAUGCAGCAAAAAAAAUAUACAAUAAAAAGGAAGAUCAGAUAAAAAAAGAGAUAUUAAUGCAUUAAAUAGAAAAAAAUUACAGAUAAAAAUAGAGGGAGAUGGCAAAAGAAGAAAUCAAUAAAAUUUUACUUACGGGUCAAAAACAGCAUUUGAUAUUUGCUAAAACUGUCAGACAUUUACCAGAGAAUGGUGAUUCAAAAUAAAAUACAGAGCACUUUUUCAGAAAAAAAGGGCAAACCUCACGCAAAAUAUAAGCCCCAUACUCAUUGUCACCACCAAGUUAGAACGAAGAACUGAAAUCGAAUAGAAAAAUAUCAUAUAUUAAUUCUAGACUGCAUGAUAUUGUUCAUCAAAUUGAUAAAAUACCAGUAGGAGAUUAAGCUUAAACAAUAAGGAAAAUGUAGAGUGAAUAAAUACUGUACUAAACAUUGAGAGAAACUCUUUAACCUGAUUAAAUAAAAGAUACAUUAAAGGGUCUGUUUCUUCCAACAGAUCAUUUAUAUAAAAGGCCCUUACAAUUCAACAAGAAGCACUUCUAAAAUUAAAUCUUAUGA